AUGAGCGGGCUUUCGAACGAGCGGAUCUUCGAUUCGGACGAGGACCUUUCUGGUUCUGAGAACGAGGUGUUUCAAGCACCAAGAGGAUUCAAAAAAGUGAAGGAUAUGAGCAGCAUCAAGGCGUUGACCCCACAAAACUUGAAGAAUAAAGAAGUCUGGCUGAUUCAGGUGCCGUCAGACUUUAAUGUGAAGAAGCUCAAGAAGCUCCCGGUCAAUUUCAACUUGGGAGAAAACACAGACUUCAACCUCAAAGGAACCGACUACACUUUGCAUGAGGAUCUUUUGGCAGCAGAAGAGUCCACUUUGAAGAAAAAAUAUAAAAUUAUGAGCGCACAAGAUAAAGAUAAACUUCAACCGGUGACCGAUUUGAGAAUCUCGAGAUUCUACAGCAUAUCUGAGAAGGUGAAAAUUCCAGAGAUUGAUUACAGCAAGGUGGUUAGUCAACGAAAAGACGUAAAACAACACGACGAUCUCAGAAUGAGACAUUUCCCAACAGGAUAUGGUAGCAACGAUUACGAGGAGGCUAAGAAGGAGCAGACUAAGACUUCCAGUCCUAAAAAAAGAAAGAGCGAGGACUCUCCUAAGAAGGAUAAGAAGCACAAAAAGGACAAAAAGAAGAAGGAGUUAAAGAACUAA